AUGGAUCCAAACCAAAAAGUAUCUAUAUCUGACCCGGGUUCAAAUGUGCUAGGGUUUUUGCUCUGUUGCAGUGGCGCUCUAUUCUUUGGGUCGUCGCCACUGCGACGUCUGCUUCAUCGAAGCGCGCCUCCAGCGUGGCCCCUCGUGACAAGAGCGCGGCCCGCUAUUGAAGCACUGCAUGUCGACGAGGCAGUUGCUGGGAGAGUGAGAGAGUAUCGGUGCUCUGACCAGCAUCCGCUUUGUUGCCUAGCAGCAUCGUCGACAAGCCAUCGCUUUGGCUCCUUGUCGCCAACCGCGCGACUCUCGCUUGCUAAGAAACAGCAGCUGCAAUUCUCGGAGUUCCAACACGCGCGCCUCCCCCUCUGUCAUCGACGAGGAUGGCCCACGGUCAUGCAAACGACUUCCGACGCUGGUUUUCUUUGUUGCAGCGAAAAUGAUUUGAUACUUUUCAAUCGGUGGCGGUGGGCAGUCGGGGAUAGUAUUCUGGCGAGCUCCGAGCAGCACCUCUUGUUGUCUCCGUUCAUAUACAUUGUUGGAAGGGUCGUUGUCGGAUUUGUCCAAACUAGAGCCGCUUGAAGGGAUGAACUAUAAGCGUUGGUCUCAAAAGCUUAUGAUUUUUUUCGAAUAGCUCGAAGUCAACCAUGUCCUCUUCAACAACUUCUCGUCGUCAGACUCUGUGUCGGGUUCUGGCACGCACAACCAAUACGCUGAAAGAACCAUCUGUGACAGCAUCUCCGCUGUCUCCGUUCAUAUACAUUUCAAUGCUUUCUGCAAUUAAAUCUACUAUGAUAUCCACGUAUAUUGUAGAUUGUAUGCUUUCUGCAAUUAAAUCUACUAUGAUAUCCACAUGUAUUGUAGAUUGGAUGCUUGGUGCAUAUUAUAACUUAAUUGUUGUGUAAAAGUGUAGUAAUUUCUGCAG